AUUCAAACUCAAAUCAAUUAGUGUUGGUGUCAUCUUCAAAUCAUCCGUUAAAACGACUUGUUUUGUUUUUAUCUUAGAUGUUGCCGUAAUAUCUGUUGAAAAUCUUCGAAAAUAUUGUGUUGAUUGCUACCAUGCAGAGAAGCGGCAUUGUAUACGAACUGACUUGCGAUAUUCGAAAGUUUUCCGUGUACAGAACGGCAAACAAAUUGGCAUUGCUAAAGAAAUCGUUGAAAACCGAACACAUUCCAUACAAGCUGGUGCUAUCAGUGUUGGACGUUUAUAAACUCAACUCACCCGUAAUCGAUCGGCAGGAAAUUAACGAAGAGAAACUCGAAAAUGUAAUACACGACGCGUUCUUUGCUGCCGAGAAACAAGGAAAUUUUACGAGUGGAUGCAUCGAAUCUACAGCGCGAACACUAACGGAAUAUCUUCUACAAAUAUUCAAUCCGAACAACUCGGUACAUUGUACCAUCGACAGGUCCAUCCGAUUAUAUGACUUGAAACAGGCCCUGUUAAUACUGUGUAAGGAUGCCGGCCAAGAGGACCUCAUCUACGAACAUUUUUUACUGAAUUGUGAUCACAACCGAUGUGUGACUCGUUAUCGGCUGAAGGAGAUGCUUUCAAAAGUGGCACAUAUUUUGUUGCACGUUGAUCGUGAAUUUGAUAUGGAUUGGCACCCAAGCAACGUCAUUGACGAAUGGUUUUCAAAGUGUCCGGGCAUCGUUGGUCUGAACGAAUAUCAAUUCACUUCAUUCUGGGUGGAAUCGAAGUCAAUAUUUCGCAAUUAUGCCCAGCUGAUGGCAAUAUCACAACUUAUUUCCGACACUAAGGACACUGUACAUCCUGUCGAUUGUUCACUUUGUAAAACGGAUAUAAAAGGACUACGGUUGCAAUGUACCGUUUGCACCGGAUAUUCGCUAUGCUUUGAAUGUUUCUGUACAGACGCAAAUACCGAAAAUCAUACAAUAUCCCAUCGACUGGGAGAUGCAUACAUCCUGAAUAAGUGCCGUUUGUUCUUGAAGAAGUGUUGGAACGUAUUCGGAUGCAGGGAUGGUACAUCGUCCGGACGCAUUCAAUCGAUUGGAAUGACCACAAUCAAAACGAACUUCAGUGAAUUCCGACAAGAGUUCACAACGAUCACCAAUCAGAAUGUUUCACGACAGAGCCAAGGGUCCUUUGCAAGCCGACGAAAUUCAAAUCAAAUUGAAUGCAAACUGUCCUCGAUAAUCGGACUAAUUUUAUCCGAAAAUGAAAAGCUAAGCGCUCACGUUGCCGACCUGGACACGAAUGGCAACGGCAAUAAUGCAAAGACCAAGAAACUUAUCGAAAAUCAUUUGGUGGCUCUUAAGACAAUUGUGAAUCAACUCGAAGAAUAUUCGAUGCGUUCGACAGUAUCUCCCACCUCAAGUACACCAUAUCGCAAUCCGUCCAUCAUUCGAAAAUCUAACUCGCAAACAGAUGUCUUCCUAUCGAAAUCAUUAAAAGGAGCUGAGAUAAAUAAAAGCUUUUUGGAGCAGAACAAUUCCAAUUUGUCGAUUAGUGAUGUCAGCUCUUGGUUGCAUACAAAACGAUCGUCGAGUCUCAUCAAAGACAAAAAAGAAAAUCUACCAACGGUCAGCGAAGAUCAAUGUGAGACUGGAAGUGUCAUCGACACGGAUAUGCAAAAUUUCCGAGAACUUUUGCACAUCGUUAAGGACAUCAUCGAAGACACAUACAGCGACAACACCGAAUUGUCUAAAGCAACCAAUCAACUGGAAAAUGUUUUGGACAGCAUCAUCGAGGUGGAAGAGAGAAAGCGCAACAAACCGUAGAUUUUGAUUGGUUUUGCAAACAGAAAAGAAUAUUUUAUCGGAAUGGAAUCAUAAAUUUAAGAGAAAAUUUUAUAUUUUGAAAUAAAGAGACGAAUUUUACUGUAA